AUGGCGUCUCCACCAGCCUACACUCAGUCGCCCAUCGCGCUCUCACCACCGCAGCCAUCCAACAGCCAGCUGCCUCUCACCGCGGCAGCCCUCAGGAACAACGCGUCGGCCGUCAUCGGCCACAAGAAGCGACCAUCGAUAGCCGGCGACGGCAACACCGCCCCAUCCGUCAACAAGCGCCGCAAGGCCUCAACCAUGUCGGUGACCUCGGUCCCGCCCGGAUCCGCCCACCCGCUUCGCCAGACCUCGUUCCCGCCAGAAGACAUGGGCGGCCCGCGCUCCCCGUCGGCCUUCUCCGACAACAUGAGCAUCGUGUCGGGCAGCCAGGUCAGCGCCGUCGGCAGCGGCGUAGGCCCGCUUCUUAAGAAAAAACGCGGCCGCAAGUCAAAGGCCGAGAAGGCACGCGAGGCGGAGCUGGCAAAGGCCACGGGCUCGAGUGCUGCCCCGUCGGUCGGCGGAGGUGCUGGGGGCGGAGCUGCUGAUGGCAAGAGCGUGGCCGGUGGCGGGAAGGGCGGCGAGGAGCACGCCGAAGAGGAGGAGGACAAUGAGGAUAACGUGCACAUGAGCAUCACUUCGGCCAAGCGGUCCGAGGCGCAGGCGCAAGAGGAGAAGCGGCUGCGUGCGAUGCUUACGCGGUGCAUGGACGCAGACCAAUUUGACAGAUAUUCCAACUGGAGGGCGGCCAAGUUGCCGGAUCCCGUCGUUCGUCGUAUCGUAAACGCAACGGUAUCACAAUCAGUGCCACUGCAGGUGGUUACGGCGGUCCGCACCGUCACCAAAUUCUAUCUUUGCGAUAUCAUAAUGAUAGCGCGCCAGGUGCAGGCCGAGUGGAUCGCGAGUGGGGAGGAGCCGCAGGCCGCUCCUGUGACGGAAAACGAGGACGGAAGUUUUGAAGUCGGCGAAGAAAUCCCAUGGCCAGGACAGGUCAUGUCCGCGGCGGAGGAGGAGGCCGCCGAAGAGGCAGCAGCUGCAAGCCAGGCUGACAGUAGCGCAACACUCAACAACUCCUUCCCCGAAGGUGGUGCCGCAUCCGCGAGCUUUGCUAGUCGCAUCGAUGAGAGAGAUCGACAGAAGCGGGAAGUUAUUCUACGGGAGCCGCCCCGAGGCCCACUGCGGCCAGAUCAUCUCAGAGAAGCGGUACGUCGCUACCAAGCGUCCGCUCAGAGCCAGGGAAUAGGAUCCCUUAGGGUUUGGCAGGAACAACAAAAGAACGGCGUAGAAAGGUUUCCGGUCAAGACUGGAGGGAAGAGGAUAUUCAGGUGA